AUGGGAUUGCUGGGAUUAGCCACCGUUCGCGCAUGGGCGGGAGAGUUCAAGUACCGACUUGACGAGCUCAUAUCGUCCCGCACCGGUCAAAUUGCCGUGCUCGUCGUCGUCGGGUGUGCCAUCAUCGUGGGCGUGAGCCCCAUCGUCAUGUACAGCCACCGCACCACCUUGUUCAUGUCGCUCUACGAGACAGCCGUCGACAUUCUCGACCCGAAGAUCGACAUGGUAUCCAGUGACAACCACGAUACGUUUGCCUUUCUCUGGAUCUCGCGGGGAUGGACGUUCGUCGGAUUUGUCCUGACGUCGCUGUACGCCAACGUGAUGGUGGGUUUCGUGGUUGACUGGAUCCUCGUCAAAGUCGAGGCGGUCGACAAGGGAGCGCGCCCGAUCGUUGAGGCCGGCCACACGGUGAUGCUAGGUUGGGGCGACAAAAGCCUCGGGUUUCUCCGGGAGAUCUGUCUUGCCAACGAAAGCGAGGGCGGCGGCGUGGUCGUAGUCCUGAGCGAUCGACCAAAAGCCGAACUCGACAUGGAAAUCCACGCGAUGGUCGAGCUGCGGGGAACCAAGAUCCUAUGCUUCAAGGGAAACCCUCUCUUUGCCGCGGACCUCCUCAAGGUGUCCGUCCACCGCGCCAGAAGCAUCACGAUCAUAUCCACCCUCGCCGACACCAGCGCCUCCGACGAUGCCCUCGUCCGCGUGCUGCUUACGCUAAAAUCGUUGAACCAUCCUUUGCAGGGCCAUAUUGUCGCAGAUGUUGGCCAACUCGACAACAAACACUUCAUGCGUGUUGUCGGUGGCGAUAUCCUUGAAGCGCUCGUGUCACGGCAUAUUGUCGGCCGGCUCGUCGUGCUCUGUUCCAGGUCGCUGCAUCUCGGUCGGGUGUACAACUCGCUCUUAGGCUUUGGUGGCCACGAAUUCUACUUGAACGAGUGGCCAGAGUGUAUCGGUGUGCCAUUUGGCGAACUCUACACCCGCUUUGAAUCAGCUAUCCCCAUCGGGCUUCGCACAAGAUCGGGACAAGUUCUGGUGAAGCCUCGAGCGAGCCGACUCGUCGAAGAAGGCGACGCGAUUAUAGUCGUGGCUGAAGACAACGACUCGUACGAAGCUGAGGCGGGGCCAAUUUACAUUCCACCAACGAACAACUGGAGCCAUUCGUUUCAGAAACGGCCUCUGCCCGCGCCACCCAAGCGCAUACUCGUAUGCGGUUGGCGGCGUGACCUCCACACGAUUCUCAUGCUGCUCCAGCGCCUAUCCUUGCCCGGGACCACCGUCGACUUGGUCAAUUCCGCAGACGUCGACGAGCGCCUCGAGACUUUCCACGCCGACGGUCUUCACCUCAACGACCUGACGAACCUCCAAGUCGCGCAUAUCGUGGGCAGCUGCACGUCUAAGCGCCAGCUCACCGACGUCCGCGUCGGAUCCUAUGACUGUAUCAUUGUCAUGACGGACAAAGAGACCGACCACGAUCUGAUGUCGAGCGACUCACAAAUCCUCAAGACCGUCAUGUUGUUGCGAUCGAUGGAAGUCCAGCAGAACCGCGGCGAGAUGCACCACGUGCCGUGCAUCGCCGAAGUCAUGGACACGCGCACGCAAAAAACGAUUCGCCAAAACACCUUCAUCGAAGCCGCGGCCGAAUGGGUCAACUCUAACGACUUGGUGAGCCGGAUGCUCGCAAUGGUGUCCGAGAAUCGCUUCGUCAACGCCAUUUUAGACAAUAUCCUGGGCGAUUAUGGCAGCACGUUUGACGUGUUGCCGGCCUCCAGGUGA